AAUAUAUUUACGAAGAACUAUUUUUUUUUGUAACAAUGGGUAAAUUUACAAAUAACACGCGGUAAAAUUGCUGCGGUUUAUUACCUUGCUGAAAUUGGAAGGUGGAAGCAAAGGUUUGAAGAAAAAUGCUGUAGUAUUUCAGAAGUCCCCUGAUAAGAAUACUUUUUCAUUUAAUCUUCUUCAACGAUCGGAAUACAGAAGCCGAUUGUUUUGAUUAAAUUCGAAUGGCGGCAUGUAAACGGGUCGGAUAUUUCGGACCUCAACUCGGAGCUUUUGCCGGAAGCCACCGAUUCCACCGCCGACUCAUUUCGAACCGUGCUUUCGACGGCAAGCAGUUGUUCCUAGUCGACACUCUAGCUCUAGUGAGAAAAUUGGAAGCGAAAGGGGUGCCUACGAAGCAAGCGGAGGCUAUAACGGCUGCUAUUACUGAAGUUUUGAGCGAUAGCUUGGAAAAUGUAGCUCAGACAUUUGUUUCUAAAGCUGAUUUGCAGAGACUUGAGAUGAUUCAAGAAUCCAAGUUGUCCAAAUUUAAGUCCGAAGUUCAAAGCUCUCAGGAGAACCACUUUUCUCUACUGCAACAUGAAAUUGAAAAACUCAAAAGUGAUAUAGAAAAGAUGCGCCGUGAAUUGAGGUAUGAAAUUGACAAAGUCUCUGCUGGCCAUAGGUUGGAUCUCAAUCUUGAAAGGGGGAGAAUCCGGGAUGAGCUAGCAAAUCAGAAUCAAGAAACUGCUAAUCUCACUAAUACACUUGACCGAGAAAUUCAUACACUACGGGCUCAGUUGGAAGCUGCAAAAUAUGAUGUUAUAAAAUAUUGCAUAGGUACCCUUGUGUCUAUAUCAGCUGUUGGUUUGGCCGUAGUCCGCCUUUUGAAGUAAGUGGUGGAAUAUAAUGCUAAUUAUGAUAAAGAAUAUAGUUGUUCAACAACUUUGAUGCUCAAUGGAUAAAACAGAGUUGUAUGACAUCUAAAUCUCCAUUGCAUUAGCAGACAUCAUAACUAUAGCAUACUAUUUAACUCAAUUUUUAUUAACUUUUGUGUUGUAGUGUUGAACGGGUGUGUGUGUGUAUCUAUGUUUGUUGCAUAACGCUUGAUAUGCUUCAAGCUAAUUGUAGAUUUCAGAAAGUAUGACUUUGUUUUAGGGAAAUGAUCCAUGUGAAAUUAGUGAAGCUAAAGAUUCCCUUUCCUGUAGCA